AUGUCUUCUAACGCUGACAACGAGAAUCCACCUCUACCGGCCUUUGCAACGGAUUGUUUUCUAUCCUCGUCCUUGUAUAGUCGUCGUAGUGGUGACCGCACGGACGAAAUGGAUGUCAUGGCUCAAUUGGCCUCACAGUACUACACUUCUAGUCGUAAUCGUUCUUUUUCGGCUCCGAUUCAGCCGUCAGCGCUGGGAUCCGCUUGGGAUUCGUUUGCAGACGACACAUCGGUGUCGGCUGCUGUAAGUCCCAUGGAACACCAGCAUCAGUUGCAGGACCGGAAUCUAAGAUCUCAUCAACCGCCGCUUCCACAGGUCCCACCUCCAGUGCUCAACAUUAUGGUGCCACCUCUUUCCGGUAGUGACGAUAUGACAGUCGGAGCGAUUGAUCAGGCCGUGCAGUCACUGCACUUAUCAAAUGAGGAGAAUAAUGAAGCUAGCCACCAAGUUGAUACUUGUGACGAGCUAUUGGGCGCUCCACUGCCGGCGACAUUCCUUCGCACGGUUUGUGACCAAUUGGAGUACUACUUUUGCGAUGAAAACUUGCUCGGAGAUCUCUUUUUAUUGAAGAACAUGAAUAUGGACGGAUAUGUCAAGCUGGAACUGCUGGCGUCGUUUGGCCGAGUGAAGAAGUUGACGACUGAUAUAAACGAGAUCAAGAAGGCACUGGAACUGUCAACCAAGUUACUGCUCAAUGAAGAUGAGAGCAUGGUUUGUCGUAAGGAACCGUUGUCUCCGAAUCAGACAUACCAUGGCAAGCUAGCUCGUACGGCCAUUGCUUACAACUUGCCGGAAGACGCGUCGGUUGCUUCAUUGCGCGAGACUUUUCAAGGAUGUGGCGAGAUUUCUUAUUUGCGCCUGCUGAAGAAGAAUACGACUACGGGUCGUAACGCUGUGCUGAAGCCCCCCAUCGCGGCGGGCGAGACAUACGCUAUCAUUGAGUUUGUAGACGACGAGAUGACCAAGCAUGCCGUGCUGACAUUGUCGGAUCAGUACAAUUGGCGCACUGGCAUGCAGGUGGUGCUUUUUGACGGUACGAAUUGUGACAAGCUGAAGCAGAAAAUGUUUCCCGUGGAACUCGGUGGUGAUCGUCGUCGUGCCAAGUCGGCUUCCGCAAUCACGCGCCCUGUGCACGUAGAAUCGGUUGGUGAAGGCUUGGAUGAUCUUCGUGAAGGCAAGGUGAACACGGGUACCGUUUAUUCGAUCCGUGGAGCAGGCGGACUCAUUACGCCAACACGACAGGAUUCGGCCUGUAUCUCGUUUCGUCUUAUUCCUGAUGAAGAUGGGAAUAUUGACAUUCGACAGGGUGACUACGUGUCUUUUACCGUUGGCAAGAACAAAAAGAGCGGUCGUAAGUAUGCUAGCAAGGUCAAGCUGGAAUUCCGUCCGCCUUCCGACCUGACAGGCGAUGCUAAUAAUGGUGGUGGUUUGAGUGGACUGGCAGGCUCAUCAAGUGGAAAUGGGCAGAAGGACUACUUUGCGCCAUCACCAAGUAGAUGGGAAUCCCGUAGCCGUGCAGCGACGGUGGGUGCUCCGCCCCAGCCGGCAGCCUUUCGUACCCGUUCGUCAUCGUCGGGCACGCGUUCAAAGCUGAACUUGUCCUCACCGCGGAUGGCGCAGUCAACCGUACACAACAGCAAUGUUGGGGGCGUUGGGGGCAGUGCUCUGGCACCCCCUCCAGGCAUGGGAGUCAACGGCAGUACCCAGUUGUACCGCCAGGCUAUCGGGCCGGAUGGCACGCGGGGCUUUGGUUCUCGUCGUACCGGUGGUGAGCCACCGGAGAUGGCACCGGAACUUAAGUUUCCGGUCAUGGAGCGUCGGAGAUCGCGCUCGUCGGGAGGUGCUUGGUAG